UAUAAUGACGACUUAGUUACUUCAUAGCUAAAGUAGUGAGCGCGUGACUCCAUGCUCGAUCUCCUUUUACCCGACAUUUUUUGAAAGUCUGGGGAAAUUACUAACCAAUGAAAAUCCGGUCAUCCGAGGACCCCUAAUAUUGUAUACUCAAACCAAACUAUCUACAACUCUAUUUACCAUUUCCACUCAUAGUAUAAUUCCUAUUCUUCGUCUCAAAAAGGCUCAGAAUAGUUGGGAUUGAGUUGAAAAAAAGCCUUUGAAUCGCUUAUUCUCACCGUUUAACCGGUUGGUUAAAAUCAGCUAAUUUCUACCAGAUGGGUCUUAAGCCCGGCUUGAUAAACAACAACCCUUCACCGUUAGACUCUCAAAUGCAUCAUCCACAUCCUCAACCAUUACUUCUGCUGCUGGUGGUUUCACGACCCUAUCAAGCCGAUCAACCCAAGCAGUCACAAGACAAUGACGAUAGUAUCGCCCCAGAUAAAUCGAGUUCCUCUGAAGAGAGUAAUUCAAAGAAAUCUAAACGAAGGGAUUCAAAUGAUAAGAGUGAUAAAUCUCAAUCCAAUUUUAAAUUGAUAGAGACUACAACUGGUAUUCGAGUAUCACAAGCCUGUGAUAGAUGUCGAAUUAAAAAAAUUAAAUGUGAUGGACAAUACCCAUGUCAUAAUUGUAAAAAAGUUGGGUUUGAAUGUAAAACUAGUGAUAAAUUAACAAGAAGAGCAUUUCCUAAGGGUUAUACAGAAAAUUUAGAAAAGAAGUUGAUUGAAAUGGAAGAAGAAAAUCGAUUAUUGAAAUUAAAAUUGUCUGGAACUAAUGAUAAUGAUCAUGAUAAUGAUAAUGAAGUUGAUAAUGCUAGUAAUACUAGUAACACUAAUAUUGAUACCAUAGCAUCAACACCAAUCUCAGUACCAAUGGAUCAUACAGUUAGUUCCACUCCAAAUCUUGUAACUUCCAAUAAUAAAGUAUUAUUAACUAAUCAAUCUACUCAUCAAACUGUUCAAAUUAAUAAUCCUAUAGAUCAAAUAUUUAAUCUUGAUUCUAAAGGAAUUAUUAUAGGUAAUGAUAAUAUUAAUUUUGAAUCACAAUUCAAUCAUUUAUUAAUUAAUUUAAAUUUACCAUUUUUAAAAAUCACUAAUUCUCAUAAUUUCUUAUUAGAUGAUCCCAAUAGUUAUUUAUAUCAUCCAUCUUAUCAUUUUUAUAAUCAAAUUCAUAAUAAAGAUUUAGAUGUUAUUUAUAAUCCAUUAACUGGGAAUCAUUCUAUUCCUACCAAUCCAACAGCUUUAGGUUCAACUACAGAUAUUGAACAUAUAUUAACCAAUAAUCAAUUUCCAUUAGAUAUUUAUGAUUUAUUUAUUAAAUUAAUUAAUAAUUUUAAAAGAUUAUUUAAUAAUAAAAAGGAAUUAGAUAAUCAAAUCAUUCAAUAUUUUUUAAAUUAUAAUGUAUUUAUACCAAUAUUUGAUUAUAAACAAUUUAUUGCAUCUUAUGAAGCAUUUCAUACUAUGUAUCCAUUUAUUUUUACAUAUGAUGAUUCAACCAUUAAUGGAUUUAAUUUAUCAAGCAAUAAUGAUUAUCAACUUGUUAAUGAAUAUUUAAUGACAAUUAUUCAAAUAUAUGCUAUGGUAAUGAUUAAUGAUCCCACUAUAAAUUUAAAUUUAUUACUAAAUCAUACUGAUCCAAAUUUUACUUUAAAUAUAAAGAAAUCAAAUUCUAAUCCAAAGGAUAAUAAUUCAAUUAUAAAAUCUUUAUAUGAUUUUUUACCUUAUUUUAAUAAUUUUCAUGUAUCAAUAAAUCAACUUCAAACUUAUGAAUUAUUCUUAUAUUAUUCUUUAUUAACUAAUAAUAAAGAAAAAUCUUUAAUCUUAUCUUCACUUAUUAAUUCUUUUAUUGGAAUUUUAGGAAUAAAUUUAAAUUCUAAAAAUUUAUUCUUUAAUGAUUUAUCAUUAAAUUUAAUUCAAAGAAGAAAUCGAGUUAAAAUUUUUUGGGUAUUUAAAGUAUUAUUAAAAUGUUUUAAUUUGAAAUUUGGCUUUAAACCUAGUUUAAAUACUACUGUUAUUAAUCCUGUAACCAUUGAUAGAUAUUUUCAAUUAACUCCUGAAAAAUUAUCUGGAUUAUUGGAUGAUGAUAAAACUAAUGAUAGUUUAUUUAAUACUUUAUUAAAACCAAGUAUUGAAUUUUUAAAUUUAACUAAUAUAAUUAUUCCUUCAUCAUUUUCUCCAAAUUAUUAUGAAUAUCUUAAAAAAUCAAAAAAGAAGGAUAGUUUACAUUCUCAUCAUCCUCAUCAAAAACAUCUUGAUUGGAUUUUAAAAGAAGAUGAUGGAGAAGGUAAUGAUGGUAAUUUAAAUUAUAAUUUUAGUCAAUUUUUAACUAUUGAUAAAAAUUUAUCUAAUUGGAGAAAUUCUUUAAAGGAUAAAUCUAUUAAUUUAACUAGUUUACAUACAGAAAUGGGUUUAUCAAAUAUUCUUAAUAUUACUACUAAUAAUUUAUAUCAUGACCUUAAAGAUGUUUCUAAUUUUAAUAUGGGAAUUACUCAAGAAGGAUUUGUUAAUUAUUAUACAACAGGUUUACCUGAUAUUCAUACAGCAUCUCAAUUAAUUAAAAUUCAAUUAAAUUUUCAUUAUUGUUUAAUAAGAUCUAUGAAUUACUUAAAUUUUAUUGUGGAUAAGGAAUUAAAAUAUAAUUAUUAUAUUGAGAUUUCAAAAAUUAGUCGCGAAGUCUUAAACUACUUUAUUUUAAUAUUUGAUCAUGCAAGUAAGUCUGUCGAAGUUAAGCUCGAUCCUAAGGGGUAUAACCAUAAUAAUAUUGUUAUGGAAAGUUUAGGAUUAGAUGUGGAUGAAGAUGGAUUUGUGAUAAAUGACUUUUCAGUUAAAAGAAGAAGAGCAUCAAAUUCUAAUAAUCAAAAUGUUAUUAAACGUUUAACCAAAGAAAUACCAAUCUCACCCUUUAAUCCGAUGAUGAAUGGAUUAUCUAUGACUAUAAUUAAUCUUAAAAAAUCGAUGAUAUUACAAAUGUUAUACCUUUUAAUUUGCCAAUUAAAAUUCUUCAAACGUAAAGAAAUCAACUUAAUUGAUGAUUCUAUUCAAGUUAUAAAUAAAGCAGCCGAUUUAUUUAUUAAAGUAUUUAUUAAUUAUAAAGUUGGGGUUAAUAGAAAGGAUCCUAAAAAAGUUAAAGAAGAUAAAUUGUUUGAAAAAUUAAUGAAUGAUGAAUUAAAAGAUGAGAUAUUGAAAUCUCAAGCUGAUGAUGGUGAUGAAAGUGACGAUGAUGAUGAUACUAUUCUUGAUUAUUAUCAACAAAUUGAUUGGGAUGAUGAAGAAAUGGAUGAAGAUUUGAAAUAUUUAAAAAUUUUGAAAUUUGUCAAGUAUAAAAGCAAUACCAUUUUGGAUAAGAUUCUACAAGAUAAAGAUGACAAGGUUUCCGAUUCUUCAAUCCCUUAUCAUAACCAUCAUCACCAUCAUCAUCACCAUCAUAACCAUUAUUCUCAAGUGAAGCAAGAAAGUACUCCUUCUUCCCUUGAUUCCAAACCAUCACAACUGCAACUCCAUCAGCAUUCACAAACACAAGGACAAACGCAACUUCCUUCACAUAUUUCCCAAGCUAGUAGCUCUCCAUCAAACUUCUAUGCUAACUCCGGAUAUACUUCUUUUUCCAAAGUUCCAUCAUUAUCGAAGUUUGAUUUCUUUGAUGGAACCACAGCUACAGGGACUCCUUCUAAUUUGACAGCAUUAACUCCACAAGAUGAAGAAUUAUCGAAGAAGGAAAAAUUGGUUAUUAAUGAUCUAAUGAACCUUAGACGUGGUAGUCAAGGAAAGCUCUAUAAUCAAGGGAAUACCAAUUGGAAUAAUAGUACUGGAAGUUCAUAUGGUAAUUCAUCCAAUCCAUGAUUUAUAUUCUCUCUAUUUAUUUUGUACAGUUACUGUAUUAUAAAUUGUAUUUCGUCAUUUAUUUAUUUAUUUAUAUUUAUUUAUUUUAAAUGAACAAUUCUUUGUCUCAU